AUGGCCCCGAUCAAUCCGGGCCUCCGCUCCAAGGUCAUAGCAGCCUACAAAGCAGAGCUCCUCUUCCUCGGUCGAGACUACCCCCUCGGCUUCGACUACUUCCGUCCCCGCCUUCACAAGGCCUUCAUGGCCAACGCCGGCGUGAAAGACGACGCCGAGAUCGAGAGCUGCCUAGCCCGCGCAGAGUUUGUCAAGAAGGGUACGCGCUACUCCCUGAAGAAAUACCGGACUCUCAGGCACCGCUACGAUCCCUUCACAUAG